UCGAUGUAUUUUUCAAUGAAUGAAAUAGAAAAUAGGUUGUUGGUUAUCAGUAAAUGCAUUGAAUGCCACGGACAUGACAAAUAUUUAGCAAUUAGGAGUUUGAAGUAUUUAACAGUUAUUUGGAUGUCCAGUUGGAACCUGUCUGACCAUCUUAGCCAUACUCAAAGCAUAAAUCACCUAAAGUCUCAACUUUGUCGAAUUAUCCAAGGAAGAAUUCCAAAAUUUCAUAUCCAAUAAGUUCAUAAAAUGUUGGCUAUACUUCUGCUAUGAUAAAAUUCAGCCAAACUUACAAAUCACAAACAUUUGCACUUCUGUCGGUAAAUAAACCUAUUAUAUCCAUGUUAGAUAUACAAGCGCCAAUGCAACAAUGUCAAUAUCAUUUUUUAAUGCACACAUUUUCAUAGAAAAAUAGUCACUAUUGCUAUAAAAAGUUUUGCAUUUUGCUUCAAUGUUAAUUUUAUUUCAUUUUUUGUUGCAUUUUCA